AUGGAGUUUAAAGAUGAGGCGGAAGCGAACCCUGUACAGAAGAGGCUGAGCGUACAGACUUGUAAUGUUCUUACAGAGCUCAGACAGACUGGACAGCUCUGUGACGCCGUACUCAAGGUUGACAACGAAAAUUUCAUGGUCCAUAGAGCCAUCAUGUCGGCUUGCAGCCCUUACUUUAGAGCUCUCUUCACCAACGACAUGUUCGGUGCAGACAAGAGAGAGGUGAUUAUCCCAGGUGUGUCUCCUGAAAUCAUGAAGAUCAUCAUAGACUACGCCUACACCAGGGAGGCGCCCAUCGGCGGGGACAAUGUUGAGAAGCUCCUGCCGGCGGCCGACCAGUUCCACGUUAUGGGUCUCGUCAAGGCCUGUUCCGACUAUCUCAUCAACCAGCUCUCUCCGGAGAAUUGCGUUGGGAUUCGAUCCUUCUCCAAAGCUUACUUCUGUCACACACUCGAGAGGACGGCCCAUAAAUUCCUGAUGUACAACUUCCAGGAGGUCUUCACCAGCAGCAAUGAGUACCUCCAACUGACUAUCGACGAGCUCGAAGACAUCCUGAGCUCUGAUGAUCUCAAUGUGCGUAACGAAGAACUUGUGUUCGAGGCAGCUCUUCGAUGGAUCGAUUAUGAUCCGGAGAGGCGCAAACACAACAUGGCGCGACUCCUGCGGACCAUCCGACUCGGGCUGCUGUCCACGCAGUUCUUCGUAGAGACUGUCAAAUCUCACAACUACGUCAAGGACAACGAGAACUGCAAGCCGCUCGUCAUCGAGACACUGAAGUUUCUGUACGACCUGGACAUGGAUGAAGAGAAGGAGGUGGACAUGUCUAACCCAUUGUCUCGACCACGCGUGCCUCACGAGAUCCUGUUCGUCGUGGGAGGAUGGAGUGGUGGCAGUCCCACAAAUGUCGUCGAGACGUACGACACCCGCGCCGACAGAUGGGUGGUCUGCGAUGCAGUUGACACAGGGCCGCGCGCUUAUCACGGCACGGCAACGAUGAACAGAAGAAUUUACGUCAUCGGCGGAUUUGACGGCAUGGACUACUUCAACAGUUGCCGGUGUUUUGAUCCCGCCUCCAAAGAAUGGUCCGAAGUGGCACCCAUGAACGCCAGGCGAUGCUAUGUCAGCGUUGCCGUACUAGACGGAAAGAUUUACGCUAUGGGUGGGUUCGACGGUCACUUCCGGCAGAACACCGCGGAGCGAUACACGCCGGAAAACAACCAGUGGAGCAUGAUCCAGCCGAUGCACCAGCAGAGGAGUGACGCCAACGCCACCGCGCUCAACGGUGUUAUUUACAUUUGCGGAGGUUUUAACGGUCAGGAAUGCCUAAACACUGCGGAAGUAUUCGAUCCAGCAACCAAUCAGUGGACAAUCAUCGCGCCAAUGCGGAACAGGCGCAGUGGCGUCAGCGUCAUCUCAUACCGAGGCUCUGUCUACGCCCUCGGCGGGUUUAGAAUCACCCGAAUGAACACAGGAGAAAAGUAUAACCCUGCCGCCAAUGCCUGGCAAACAAUUCCCGAGAUGUAUAACCCAAGAAGCAACUUCGCUGUUGAGGUUAUCGAUGACAUGAUCUUCGCGAUUGGUGGAUUUAACGGGGAUAACGUUGAGUGCUAUGACUCCACAUCUGACGAAUGGUAUGACGCAACCGAUAUGAACAUAUACCGGAGUGCUUUGAGCGCAUGCGUAGUAACAGGACUUCCGAAUGUGCGGGAUUACAUCCACAAAAACCGCGAGAGUAAAGAAGAGAGCGCAAAGAGGAGGAAGACCUAG